ACAUGGCGUGUGCUGAUCUGAGAGAGGAGCUAACUUGCUCUGUCUGCCUGAGCAUUUACACAGAUCCUGUAACUCUCAUCUGUGGCCAUAACUUCUGCCUGGGCUGUAUUAACAGAACAUGGGACCACCAGGAUGAGGGGGAGUAUUCCUGUCCUGAAUGUCUACACAGGUUUAGGAGGAGACCUGAACUCAACAGGAACCUGAGGCUGCGUAAUAUAGCAGAGACUUUCCAACCUACUGAGCCUGUAGACAAGACUGGGAUCUUGUGCACUAACUGUACUCAGCCUGCUGCUAAAUCCUGUCUGCUGUGUGAGGCUUCUCUGUGUGAUACCCACCUGAGGUCACACAGCAAGUCUGAGGAACACGUCUUAACUGAACCCACCACUUCCUGGGGUAACAGAAAACACACCAAAUACAAGGAGCUGCUGAAAUAUUACUGCACUGAGGAUGCUGCCUGUAUCUGUGUGUCCUGCUCCCUGGCCGGAGAGCACAGGGGACACCAGGUGGAGCUGCUGAAUGAGGCUUCUGAGAGGAAAAAGAAAUGGAGAGAUGUUCUGCAGAAUCUGACCACAAAGAGAGAGAAGACUGAGAAAAGAGUCCAGAGUCUGCAGGAGUACAGGAGUGGGAUGGGAGAGAAAGCAGCUGGUGUAGCAGAGCAACACACUGCCCUGAUUAUGGACAUCAGGAAACAGCUGGAAGACCUAGAGAAGCGAGUCCUGAGUGAGAUCACCCGGCAGCAGGAGCAGGUUUUACUCACAGUCUCUAAUCAGAUCCAGCAGCUGGAAAAAGAGAAGGACGAGCUGACCAGGAAGAUGAGUCACAUUGAGGAUCUGUGCAACAUGACUGACCCAUUAACUGUCCUACAAGAACAGGAAUCACAUAGAGAUGACUUUUGUGGUGCUGAGAAGGGAGAUAAUGAGGUCACACAGAGAGGUGAUACACAGGUGACUGUGCAGGAUUUGGAUGAGGAUCUGAUGUCAGUGACAUUAUACACAGGUUUAGCUGAUAUUGUGACUGAUGUAAAGAGAAAGAUCUAUAUGCAGGUGACAUCAGACAUAUUACUGGAUAUAAACACAGCUAAUAAUAAUGUUAUUGUAUCAGAUGACCUGAAAUCUGUAUCCUUCUCACGUAUAAACCAUCAGCGAACAGACACACCUGAGAGAUUUACAUAUUUUCCUCAGGUAUUAAGCAGCACAACCUUUUCUUCAGGACGCCAUUACUGGGAAGUGGAGACCAGUGAAUUGGGGCACUACAGAAUAGGGAUGUGGAGCAGUAGUCUGAGGAGGAAAGGAGAUGAGUCUGCGAUAGGAGACAAUAACAAGUCCUGGUGUUUGUACAAAUGGGCGACGAGAAUCCUUUCAGUGGUACAUGACUCAGUACGUACUGAUUUGCUUCACCGUCUAUCAUGUGACAGAUUAGGAAUACUGCUGGACUAUGAGGCUGGGCGUCUGUCCUUUUAUGAGCUAUGCGUCCCGAUCAGACACUUAUACACCUUCACUGCCACCUUCACUGAGCCUCUUCAUGCUGCAUUUUAUGUAUAUAAAGAGGCCUGGGUGAGAAUCAAGUCCUAGAAAUACUGAUCACUGCUGAACACAGAGAAAUAAAAUAAAUAAUAUACUGUAUGCUCUGGGGUAUAAUCAGAGCCAGAUUUCACAUUAGGUAAACUAGGCAUCUGUCUAGAGGCAUGUGACUUGCAUGGGAUAUUUAUUCACAACACAAAAUGAGCAUGAUUGACACAGCUGGGCACCCCAAACACCAGUGGCGGCUGGUGAAUUUUAAAGAUGGUGGGGUUCUAGACCCCACCCCUUUAAAUAAAGCCAUGCCCCAUGCAUACAUACAUACUACAUACACAUUACACAAACAUACAUACAUAUUACACACACAUACAUACAGACUACAUACAUACAUACUACAUACAUACAUACUACAUACACAUUACACAAACAUACAUACAUAUUACACACACAUACAUACAGACUACAUACAUACAUACUACAUACACAUUACACAAACAUACAUACAUAUUACACACACACAUACAUACAAACUACAUACAUACAUACAUACUACAUACACAUUACACAAACAUACAUACAUAUUACACAAACAUACAUACAUAUAUACUACACACACAUGCACACAGACUGCAUACAUACAUAGAUACUACAUACACAUUACACAAACAUACAUACACACUGCACACACAUACACACAGACUACAUACAUACACACACACACAUACACACACACACACACACACACACAGACUGCAUCCAUACAUACAUACAUACUACAUACACAUUACACAAACAUACAUACAUAUUACACACACAUACAUACAGACUACAUACAUACAUACUACAUACACAUUACACAAACAUACAUACAUAUUACACACACAUACAUACAGACUACAUACAUACAUACUACAUACACAUUACACAAACAUACAUACAUAUUACACAAACAUACAUACAUAUAUACUACACACACAUGCACACAGACUGCAUACAUACAUAGAUACUACAUACACAUUACACAAACAUACAUACACACUGCACACACAUACACACAGACUACAUACAUACACACACACACAUACACACACACACACAGACUGCAUCCAUACAUACAUACAUACUACAUACACAUUACACAAACAUACAUACAUAUUACACAAACAUACAUACACACUAUACACACAAACUGCAUACAUACAUAAACAAUAUACAAACAUACAUACACACUACACACACAUACACACAAACUGCAUACAUACAUGCAUACAUACUACAUAAACAAUACACAAACAUACAUACACAUUACACAAACAUACAUACACACUAUACACACAUACACACAGACUGUAUAUAUUACACAUUACAGAAACCUACAUACAUACUACCCAAAGAGACUGCAUACAUACAUACUACAUACACAUUACACAAACAUACACACUACACACACAUAUACAAACUAAAUACAUACUACAUACACAUUACACAAACAUACAUACACACUAUACAUGCAAACUGCAUACAUACUACAUAAACAUUACACAAACAUACAUACACACUACACACACAUACUCACAGACUGUAUACAUUACACAUUACAGAAAUCUACAUGCAUACUACCCAAAGAGACUGCAUACAUACAUACUACAUACACAUUACACAAACAUACACACUACACACACAUAUACAAACUAAAUACAUACAUACUAGAUACACAUUACACAAACAUACAUACACACUACACACACACAUAUACACAAACUACAUACAUACAUACUACAUACAAAUUACACAAACAUACAUUCAUACUACACACACAUACACAGAGACUGCAUACAUAUAUACUACAUACACAUUACACAAACAUACAUACACACUACACACACAUACACACAGACUGCAUACAUACAUAUUACACAAACAUACAUAUAUACACACACAUACACACAGACUGCAUACAUAUAUAUUACAUACACACUACACAAACAUACAUACACACACACACAUACACACAGACUGCAUACAUAUAUAUUACAUACACACUACACAAACAUACAUACACACACACAUAUACACACAGACUACAUACAUACAUACAUACAUAUUACACAUUACACAAAUAUACAUACAUACACACACAUAUACACAGAAUACACACAUACAUACAUACACAUUACACAAACAUACAUACAUACAGACUGCAUACAUACAAAAUACACACACAUUACACAAAUAUACAUACAUACACACACAUAUACACAGAAUACAUACAUACAUACACAUUACACAAAUAUACAUACAUACACACACAUAUACACAGAAUACAUACAUACAUACACAUUACACAAAUAUACAUACAUACACACACAUAUACACAGAAUACAUACAUACAUACAUACACAUUACACAAAUAUACAUACAUACACACACAUAUACACAGAAUACAUACAUACAUACAUACACAUUACACAAAUAUACAUACAUACACACACAUAUACACAAAUAUACAUACAUACAGACUGCAUACAUACAAAAUACACACACAUUACACAAAUAUACAUACAUACACACACAUAUACACAGAAUACACAAAUGCACACUACACAAAUGUACAUACACACUGCACACACAGACUUUAGAAGGAAUAUUUUUUUGAAAUUAAUCUCCCAAUGGGUUGCCAGACCAUACAGCACUUGCUUUAACCCCUUAGCUACCAAUGCAUUGUGACCUCAAUUGCUGUCAAGGUAUUACAUGUUACAAGGAAGAUUUGAAAAUGCCCUCUGAAACCUGGCUUAGAUGUUAUUUAUAACACAAUCAUUCAUUUAUUUGCUGUAACUUUAAAGUAUAUGACAAAGA